AUGGGAGUUAAUAUACCAUUAACUGCCCAUAAAGAUAAUUAUAAUGAAUUACGGGUUGACGAAUCAAGUUCAAAAUCUGUCAAAGUUGAUGAAUAUUCAAACGCACAGGAAACAUGGGGGAAGAAAGAUCCAGCUACUCCAAAACGAAAUCCUAAGGUUGGUCAAUUUCAACAAUCUCCAUCCGUCCCACUUAGUAAAACAUUUGACAUUAAGAGAAAGAAAGGGACAGGACAUUCUUCGGCGUUUUUUGAAUUCUUCCACAAAGGUGAUAAUAAAAAUAGAGCAAAUGGGAAACGGAAGAAGUCGGACUUAGCCAAAGAAGCUGGAGAGGCGUGGCACAAUUUACCAAAGGAAGAUAAAAAGAGAUUUCAGAACAUGGCAAGGAAUAAUAAAUGUGCUAAUAUUGACGUCGUGAAACGAAAAAAGAAAGCAUAUCCGCACGGUAGUAAAAAGAAUAAGAAUAAACAACCGAACGCCAGAUCUUAUAAUAACAAGAAUAAUAUUAAUUCAUUACCUGACAGCAGCAACGUCACAAGAGGUUUAAAGAAUAAAGGUAACGACUGCUGGCUGAAUAGUCUCAUUCAGUGCAUGAACACAUUAAAUAUCUCGUUAAUUGGCAAUGAGAGUUCUUUAGAUGACCCAGUAACUGUCGCUUUGGAGUCUACUUUAAAGGAAUUGAAUAGUGAUAGUAAAAUUCCUUUUUAUCCGCGUGAGCUUCAUAAUGUUUUCAGGAAGCAAUUUGGAUAUGUAAGAGGACGACAACAUGACAUACAUGAGAGUUACACGAAUUUAUUCUCCGACUGCACGCAACAAGCAACAAGAGAACAUUUUGAAGGAAUGUGUCAGUACACAAAGGUAUGUACGAAAUGCAACAAAAGGGAGAUUCUUAAUCCGGAGACAUUUAAUACACUAUUUGUUUCGUUAGAAUGCGAAGUUGCAGAUCUCGUUCAAAGCAUUGAAGACGAUCUGGUAGACAGUGUAGAUAUGGAUUGUGACAACUGUGCAACCGAGACACCUCACGUUCGAAUUGGAUUUCUCAUUUCUAUGCCAAAGACAUUGACAAUAGUAUUCAAGAGAUUUGUCAAUAAUGGGAACGUGGGAGUGAAAAGUGAUGUUAAUGUGUUGUUACCUUCACAUCUUGUUAUUUCAUGUGAAAAUGGUGGUCAUAGAUACAGUCUGUCCUCUUGCGCCCUUCAUUAUGGUGCACACAUACACAAUGGUCAUUAUACAUCUGUUAUUUUCAGAGGGAAUGAAGUAUACGAAAUCAGUGAUACCACCAUUACAAAUAUUUCAGAUUCGUGGGAAUAUCACGUUGCGUCUUCUGUAUACGUCGCGUUCUAUUCUGCAGUUGAGAAGCAAACUGUGGAUCAAUUACAAGAGGUUGAAAGCAAGAUGCCUUGUCCGAAAGAAGAAAAUAUUGUGUGUAUAGAAUUGAGUGACAGCGCUUCAAUACAAUCAGAAGCGAGCGAAUUUGGAGACAAUGUUAUCGACUUGCCUAAUCAAGAUAUUGAAAAUGUGCAAAAACAAUUUUUCUAUCUAUGUGAUAUGUCAGUUCGAAACAAGCGUAUAUGCACCCAAGACAAGCAUGGAUAUGAACUAUACGGAAAAGAUUUCAAAAGUCUCGAACCAUGGGUUGCAAAGAAAUCUAACGAGUCUUACACAUUGGAAGACCCAGGCUGGCUAAAUGACAGAAUAAUCGAUGCAUACUUGUCUUUGUUAGUGAAACAAUGUAACAGCAUAGGAAUUCAAUGUUUUGCAUUUGCCACACAGUUUAUUACCAAACUGCGCUCCGUUUCCAAACCAGGUAAAGAGGAUGAAUUUAAUAAAAUGAUGUCAAGGCAUUAUCGUUCUGUAUACUUUGAUUUAUUUGAUGUAAUGAUCAUACCAAUUAACGUAGGGAAUGGACGACACUGGUGUGUGAUUGUAAUUGAUCCUCGAAAACAACUUAUAUUUUUCUACGAUCCUUUACGACGUGGUGUGCAGAGAGUAACUUUAAUUGAGAUGAUCAAGGAAUAUUUUAGAAAAUUAUAUGUUUCCCGAUCAUACAAUGUAGAAAUUAACAGUAAAAGAUUCGUCACAGAAUUUGAAAUUUAUUGGGAGGACAGAUUUCCAAUACAAGAAGACUUUAUCUGUUGUGGUGUUUACAUUUUAUCAUACGCCCGAUACAGACUAGAUUUAUUCAAUGGAAUGCCGUACAGCGAAACAAUUAAUUCGUCACGACCGAUGAUCGCAUAUGAACUGGUACAAGGAAAUUUGAUUAAUUCUUCUACGCCUAUAAUCAAUAAUAGAAUGUGUAUUGUACCAACAACAUAUCUACAAGUUUUCGGUGGGAUGGUUACAAUUCGGUGUUCAUUUACCGGAGAAAAGCCUGUGAAAUUUGAAUGGAUUUUUAAAAACAUGUUAAGGUCUUAUGAACAAACAUACAGUUUUCUCUUAAAAGAGGAUAAUGUUGGCAUAUACUGUUGUCGUGUAACAUAUGCAGACGGUGAAGUCCUGAAAUCGUGUAAUUGCGAGGUAAAAUCUAAAUAA